AUUGAAUCACUCUUUAUUAGAACGUAUUAAGGUAGAAUGUAGGUAAACUGUAACUAGAGAAAUCAUCAAGUACAAAGUAAGAAUAUUCGGUGGAAACUUAAUAUUUUUCUAUACAUGCACUUCUAUGUAUUUCAUGAGGAACCAAAAAAUCUAUCAAAAAUAUUAAUUGACGAAAUAGAGACUUCUAUCGAAAGACAAAAUAUUUUUUAUUUUUUAACUAAUAAGUAAAUCAAAAAUCUAAUAUUCCUCAGAAAAAGACAGAUCUUUAAAUACCUUCAGGAAAUUAGAAGACACCGCGCACAGAAUUGAACAUUAUAGUACAGAAGGACAAAAUUUUAUAUUUUAGUCCAAGUGUAAAUGUUUAAAAUACUUAAACUGGACAUCUGGAAACCUCUAAAGUUCCGCAAGGUUCUAAUAACUCUCUUGUUUAAGAAAUUUAUAGAUUAUAUAAGGGACGUGUUAGAGAUGAAAACAGACUAUUUUGUGGCGAAGAAAUUGCUAAUAAAUAGGAACGCAAAAAGCAAAUUAGAUAGUGUGGAAGAAAGGAACAUAAAAAUAGAAGGAAAGCUGGAUUAUCUUCAAAAAGAAUUAAUAGAAAUCAGAAAUGAAAAUCAAGGGAUUAAAAUUGAAAAUAAACAGCUUAGGGUAGAUCUUAAAGCACAAAAAGAAAGAAUAAUAGAUCUAGAAAGGGAAACUAGGAAAAAAAAGAUAGUCAAAUUUGGAUUCGAGGAAACUAAUAAGGAGGAUAUGUUAAUUAUGAAAAAUAAAAUAAAAGAAGUGAUGGAGAAAUUCGCAGUGGAACUCAAUGAAAAAGAGGACAAAGCUGAAUUAACAAAGUAAGGUCAAUGUUAGUGGAAUUCAGAGAUUGGCAUAUAAAAAGAGAAAUAAUUAGAGAAACCUCGAAGUUAAAAGGUACAAAUA